GUUGGCUGUGCGCGAUUGUAGGUGCUGAAACAUGGGAGAGCACAUGAAACAAGAAUAUUAAUUUAAAUUUAUUCGGAAAACAAAUCAAACAGUCAAAUAUGGCUCGAACGGAACUCGAUAUGAAAAAGCAAAAGCGUAAAGCGAAAAAACGUAAACAUGAAACUCAGGCAGUGCCGAGCGACGACGAGGUGGCCAACAAAAGUUUAAUUGUGGAGGAUCAGGUAGCGGCAGGAGCUCAAAAAGCAGAAAAACAGGCCAAAAAAAACAAAGCUGCCAAGCGCAGACAACAAUCAGACCAAGACGCCAUCAAAGAAAAACGCAGUAAGCAAAUAGAAGAGCCUGAAGAAGACGCCGUAGAAGAUGAAGAGUUGGAUGACUUGCCCACAGCAGACCUGCUGGAGCAGGCAGCCAAGCCAGAGAAUUCAAAUGCCAUUGUAACGGUACGACAGAAGAAAAAACAAAAACACUUGCAACGGUUGGAGGAGCAAAAAGACCAGAAUGCCGAUAAGGAAAGCAGACGCAAUGAAGAGUAUCUUAGGAAGUGGCGGGACAGUCGACAAGAUUGGAAAUUCGAGAAGCUGCGACAGAUUUCCAUACAACAAACCGCCUUCAAUGAGAAUAAACUGAGUGCCGAUAUAUGGCCCAUCGCCUUGGAGUAUUUGGCGGGCUCUAAAGGCGCCGCGAAGGCAACCAUCAUCAAAUUGGCCGAAGACGCCAUACAGGAGAUGGAUAAACAGUGUGAGGGGCUCAGCGAGGAAGCAGAGCGACAGAAAAUCGUUGAUUCCGUACGAUAUCAGCGAGCUCGCAACUUGUUACAGAGUUUCGACUAAUCGUUAGUUUAUAGUUUCAAUAGAAUAGCUUAAAUGCGUUGUUAAUUUUAGAGUUUAAUAAACAUUAGACAAAAUGUU